UUUCUUUUCCACUUUACCCAUUUCACUCUCCAAUUCGAACCCCUUCUCUCUCUAAAACCCUGCCAAACCCACGCGAAUUCCCCGAAUCCAUCGGCCGGCGACGGUGAUGGAGCAGGAGCAGCUCCCUCGCCGCCGCGUCGUGCGCGUGCACUUCGCGGACGCCGACGCCACCGACGACUCCGACUCCGACUCCGAGGAGCCCCAGCAGCGGCGCGCGGUGCGGCGGUGCGUGCGGGAGAUCGACCUGCCGCGCCGCCCGUGCUGGGCGGACAGGAGGAGGCGCGCGGGCGGCAAGUACAAGUACGACGGCCCGCGGUUCCGCGGCGUGCGGAUGCGGCCGUGGGGGAAGUGGGCGGCGGAGAUCCGGGACCAGGAGCAGGGCCGCCGCGUCUGGCUCGGCACCUUCGACACCGCCCAGGAGGCCGCCCAGGCCUACGACGCCGCCGCGCUCCGCAUCCACGGCCCGGGCGCCAAAAUCAACCACACCGCAUCCUACUACUCCCCCUCCCGCUCCCCCUCGCCGCCGCUGUCCUCCUUGACAACGACGUCCGCGCCGUCGCCCUGCCCCGAGACAACCUCCGCCACGGCAGCCUCGGCCUCCCAGCCGCCGACCACGGCGUGGUCCCUGGUGAACGCGGACGAGGAGGUCACGGCGGCCUUCGGGAUGGGCUUCGCCGACGAGGAGCCCGCCCUGGCCAGCCUCGCGCAGUUCUGCCUCCCGACGACGACGACGUGCGGCAGGUGGGACCCCUGCGCGGACUUCGUGGAGCUCGCCGACCUCGACGACCUCUUCGCCGCGCCGGAGCUCAUGGCCGCCUAACCUGCCACCUGAACUGCCGCCGGAAGCGGAGCAGCAGCUCCGCCGCAACUUUUUUGGGAAGAGACUUUCAUUCAAACUUGCUUUUUUACUCUGCUUUAUUUCUCGGCAGUCUGCAAAUUUUGAAAGGCGUGCGUGCGGAAAUACUACUUGUCCCAUUUUUUUU